AUGUCUCAUGACCAGACUAGCCAGGAAAUGUAUCGGGACAACGACAGCGGGAAGUAUCUCGGGACCAGGACAGCGAGGGAGUAUCUCGGGACCAGGACAGCGAAGGAGUGUCUCGGGUCAGGACAGCGGGCGAGUAUCUCGGGUCAGGACAGCGGGGGAGUGUCUCGGCGGGAAGUAUCUCGGGACCAGGACAGCGAGGGAGUAUCUCGGGACCAGGACAGCGAAGGAGUGUCUCGGGUCAGGACAGCGAGGGAGUGUCUCGGGUCAGGACAGCGGGCGAGUAUCUCGGGUCAGGACAGCGGGGGAGUGUCUCGGGUCAGGACAGCGAGGGAGUGUCUCGGGACCAGACUAGCCAGGAAAUGUAUCGGGACAAAGACAGCGGGGAGUGUCUCGGGAAAACGGAGGAGUGUCACGGUACCAGGAAAACGGAGGAGUGUCUCGGGAUCAGGACAGCGAGGGAGUAUCUCGGGACCAGGACAGCGGGGGAAUGUCUCCAGUCAGGACAGCGAGGGAGUGUCUCAUGACCAGACUAGUCAGGAAAUGUAUCGGGACAAAGACAGCGGGGAGUAUCUCGGGUCAGGACAGCGAGGGAGUAUCUCGGGUCAGGACAGCGAGGGAAUGUCUCAUGACCAGGACAGCGAGGGAGUAUCUCGGGACCAGGACAGCGGGGGAAUGUCUCCAGUCAGGACAGCGGGGGAGUGUCUCAUGACCAGACGAGUCAGGAAAUGUAUCGGGACAAAGACAGCGGGGAGUAUCUCGGGACCAGGACAGCGAGGGAGUAUCUCGGGUCAGGACAGCGGGGGAGUGUCUCGGGUCAGGACAGCGAGGGAGUAUCUCGGGUCAGGACAGCGGGGGAAUGUCUCCAGUCAGGGUCAGGACAGCGGGGGAGUGUCUUGGGACCAGGACAGCGAGGGAGUGUCUCGGGUCAGGACAGCGGGGGAAUGUCUCGGGACUAGGACAGCGGGGGAGUGUCUCGGGUCAGGAUAG